CUCUGGAAAUUGGGAUUUGGCUGAGUACCUAACCUUAGCUUCGUGAGGCUUGGAAAGCGGGGCUAGGAAUUCCACCACGUAGAGAAGACAACGUUAAGGGCAAUGAAUUUAUCUGGGAGUCCCGAGUCCCGUUCCAGGACCCGGAGCUCCAUGAGAGGUGGGGAGACGCUGGUACGUUUCCGACCUCCGAACGCUGGGGGCGCUGUGAACUCCGCGUAGCCUCUAGACCCUGGGAGUUGACCGCGCAAGCGCACUCAGGGCUUUUCGGCGCACCCACGUGUGGACCUUCUCAGCAGCUUUUUAGGAGGAAAAUGCCCAAGUUCAAGCCGGCCCGUGGGGCCGGGAGUCAAGAAAAGCAUGCACCCCUGGCCGAGCAGAUCCUGGCUGGGGAUGCGGUGCGGGCAGGGACCCGGGAAAAGCGACGGGGUCGCGGAACCGAAGAGGAGGAAGAGUACGUGGGCCCCCGGCUGAGCCGGCGGAUUCUGCAACAAGCUCGGCAGCAGCAGGAGGAGCUCGAGGCGGAGCACGGGAGUGGGGACCGACCCGCCAAGCCUCGGGAGCGCGCCACGCGGCUGGGUCCAGGAGCACCACAGGCUGGAUCAGAUGAUGAGGACGAGGAGUGGCCCACCCUGGAGAAGGCCGCCAAGAUGACAGGGGUGAGCCACCACGCAGAGGUGGUUGUGGACCCUGAGGACGAACGUGCCAUUGAAAUGUUCAUGAACAAGAACCCUCCUGCCAGGCGCACCCUGGCCGACAUCAUCAUGGAGAAACUGACCGAGAAGCAGACUGAGGUGGAGACAGUCAUGUCAGAGGUGUCAGGCUUUCCUAUGCCACAGCUGGACCCCCGGGUCCUGGGGGUCUACAGAGGGGUCCGGGAGGUGUUAUCUAAGUACCGCAGUGGAAAGCUGCCCAAGGCCUUUAAAAUCAUCCCUGCACUCUCCAACUGGGAGCAGAUCCUCUACGUCACGGAGCCUGAGUCCUGGACUGCAGCCGCCAUGUACCAAGCCACCAGGAUCUUCGCCUCCAACCUGAAGGAACGCAUGGCCCAGCGCUUCUACAACCUCGUCCUGCUGCCCCGGGUGCGCGAUGACAUCGCAGAGUACAAACGCCUCAACUUCCACCUCUACAUGGCUCUGAAGAAGGCCCUGUUCAAGCCCGGGGCCUGGUUCAAAGGGAUCCUGAUCCCUCUGUGUGAGUCGGGCACCUGCACGCUCCGUGAAGCCAUCAUCGUGGGCAGCAUCAUAACCAAGUGCUCCAUCCCCGUGUUGCACUCCAGCGCCGCCAUGCUGAAGCUGGCGGAGAUGGAAUACAGUGGGGCCAACAGCAUCUUCCUGCGGCUGCUGCUGGAUAAGAAGUACGCGCUGCCCUACCGGGUGCUGGACGCCCUGGUCUUCCACUUCCUGGGCUUCCGGACGGAGAAGCGUGAGCUGCCCGUGCUCUGGCACCAGUGCCUGCUGACGCUGGCCCAGCGCUACAAAGCCGACUUGGCCUCGGACCAGAAGGAGGCCCUCCUGGAACUGCUCCGGCUGCAGCCCCACCCACAGCUGUCCCCCGAGAUCAGGCGCGAGCUUCAAAGCGCCGUCCCCCGAGAUGUGGAAGAUGUCCCCGUCACCAUGGAGUGAGGACAGCAGUCACCUGCCCUGGUCCC